UUUUGUCCACUCACAAUCAAGACAUCGGAACUUUUAACACUAUCAACAGGUACACGCCCAUCGCAGCCGUCGCAGACGAUCAACGAGAGUUCAAACCACCUCGUUCAUAUAAGAAAAGGUGACGAUUGCUGGACAACGAUAACCAUCGACACAGGCGCGAAAAAAAUGAUGUCCAGGCCAGCAAAUAAACCUCAAGCCGUGAGGAGAGCUCAUACCUUUGAAGGGAGCACAGUGUACCCUUCCCGUAAGUCCAGCCUUAUUAAGGAUGCCCGGCGAGACUCAGCCAGCUCGUCGGUGGACGUGUGGGACCCGUUCGGUCUGCCCAGCCCCACGGAAAACGACGACGUCUUCGCCGAGGAGUCCUCCGGCCUGCAAGCCAACGGUGACCUGCCCAGGCAGCUGUGCAUUUCGUUCUCGUCAAGAGAUGGCACGGGGUUCAACUCCCUCUCCAGGGCGGCCAAACUGUUCGAGAUGUCGAAGAUGAAACUGCUCCACGUGGAAUCGCGCGCCUCGGCCGUCAAAGAAGAGGGGCUCGAAUUCCUGAUACAGUGUGACGCCAAGGGGUGUAACACCCGGGGCCUUCUGGCCUCCCUCCAGAAGAUCGUGGACUCGGUAGUCCUGCACAUGGAAGACUUGCCUCCAAGAGAGGUGUGGUUUCCACGUCACAUUUCGGAUCUGGAUAAGUGCACGCAUCUUGCUACUCAGUACGAGCCUGAUCUUGAUCACGAGCAUCCGGGCUUUUCGGACAAGGUCUAUCGCGCACGGAGAUCUGAAAUUGCACAUAUCGCCUUCCAGUAUAAGUAUGGGCAGCCGAUCGGAAGGGUGGAAUACACGGAAGAAGAAACCAAAACUUGGGGAUACGUGUACCGCCAGUUACAGCAGCUGUUUCCUACGCAUGCGUGCAAAGAGCACGUGAGCGCAUUCAGGGAGCUGGAGAAAGCAGGACUCUACAGCCCCGAUUUUAUUCCCCAGCUUGAUGAUGUUUCCAAGUUUCUCCAAGAGAAGUCUGGGUUCCAACUCCGUCCAGUUGCUGGCCUGCUGACUGCGCGAGAUUUCCUAGCAAGUCUCGCAUUCCGCGUGUUCCAGACUACUCAGUAUGUUCGUCAUACCUCGUCACCAAUGCACACGCCAGAACCGGAUUGUUGCCAUGAGUUACUUGGGCAUAUACCUAUCCUCACAAACCCAGAAUUUGCCCAGUUUUCUCAGGAGAUAGGACUUGCAUCUCUGGGCGUGUCUGAUGACGACAUCACAAAACUUGCCACGCUGUACUGGUUCACUGUGGAGUUUGGUAUAUGCAAAGAGGGGGACCAGGUUAGAGCCUACGGUGCUGGUUUACUCUCUGCUCCUGGGGAACUCAUGUACGCCCUCUCCGACCAGCCGGAGCACAGGCCCUUCCAGGCAUCUAAGGCAGCCGUGCAGGAGUAUCAGGACAAGAACUACCAGCCCAUUUACUUUGUCUCGGACAGUUUUGAAGACAUCAAGCAGAAACUUCGGUCCUUUGCAAAGUCGAUGGAAAAGCCUUUCGGUGUCCGCUACGAUCCUUACACAAGAAGGAUAAUAACUCUCGACAGUAUCGAGAACGUGCGAGAUACCGCAAGGACGCUGGCAAGCGACUUCAGUACUGUGACAGCGGCCCUGGAGAAGAUAAAAGUUCGUUAGAGUGUACGACAAGCAAUAUUUAUGCAUUCAAAUGAAAUUAUUUUAUGUUCUGAGGAUUUCCGGUAAUCAGCUAAAAUCUUGGAAGUUUUGGCUGUAAAAUAUAACGUAUAAUUCUUUGAAAACUUCAUUGUUAAACUAUUUUUUUCCAAUUUAACGUAGAAUGGUUUUGGUUUAUUGAUCAUGGAGCUGAGGUUCUAGAUUCCAUUUUUGUUAACGGAAAAUAUCUUGUGGUGCAGCUUUGAUGACAAAUUUACAAAGACAGGAUAAUCAAAGGAAGAUUCAGCUUUUCCUGUCGGCACUUUAUGACAUGGUAAACAUGGCAUCGACCCUUGAAAUGUCAUAUGAAACACGAAUAUAACACAAGCAUACAUUUUAUACACGAGGCAAUCCAAAUUAUUUACCGAGCUUUAGCUACGUUUAUGACUAAAUUUGCCAGAUUUUUGGCCAACCUCCCCCAAUUUUGGAGUUUGUAAACGUCAAACCCUUUGCUAGUUUCAAGCCGCCUUUAAAAUGAGCACCCUUUUCCUAAUUCUUAAAAUGACUAGAAUAACUCCUAGCGUAUAUUUAACCAUGUGUUUCUAAAAGAUCAAAAUACUGUUUAUUGUAAGUAAGCACUUUUUGUUCAAAAUAAGUUUGGCCUACUUUACAUUCGUUACCGGUAGGAAAUUAAGGUCAUGAACUCCAUUAUUCAGGAGAGUUGAAUAUGCAUUUCUUUGCAAAUCAAAACUGAACAGAAUAGUCGGAGAUCAUAUCAGCGCUUACCUGUUGC